GAUUCUGACCGCUGGGGUGGCCCUAUUUAGCUAAUUUGCAUCAAGAUGCAGCAGACGACGGUAUGUGUGUGUGUGUCUGUGUCUGUGGACACAUCAGCACCUUGGUUAAUUAGUUCUGGAGGCUUCUCUGUUAACCUGAUAACUCGGCUGGUUCCCCACUCUGGCAAUUGUGAAGAAUUGGCACAAUGUUUGUCCACUGAGCUGAUCUCAUCUCUGGAGCACCGAGGCCACUGGGAGGGAGGCAGUGUUCUGGGAGCUGGACAUCUAGCGGCGGAAAAGCACCGUGGCCACCUUGAAGCUCACGGAGAGGAGAUACAGGGAACCGAAAGUGCAAGGGGCCAGGAAGGCAUCGCGCCUGAGACAAUGCAGACUCCAGUGACCAUUCCUGUGCCUGUGCUCCGGCUGCCCCGGGGCCCUGAUGGCUUCAGCCGUGGCUUUGCCCCUGAUGGACGGAGAGCUCCUCUGAAGCCAGAGGUUCCUCAAAUCCAGGAGUGCCCCAUAGCUCAAGAAUCCCUGGAAUCCCAGGAGCAGAGGGCCCGAGCCGCCCUUCGGGAGCGAUACCUCCGAAGCCUGCUGGCCAUGGUGGGUCGUCAGGUGAGCUUCACAUUGCACGAGGGUGUGCGUGUGGCUGCCCACUUUGGAGCCACCGAUCUGGACGUGGCCAACUUCUACGUGUCACAGCUGCAGACGCCCAUAGGUGUGCAAGCAGAGGCGCUGCUCCGAUGUAGUGACAUUAUUUCGUAUACCUUUAAGCCAUAAAGACAUUGUUCACCUUUCUGCUUGAGGCUAAGCCACUGUAUCCCAGGCCUUCCAAUGUUCCUGAGCCAGGAACUCUGGGCCCCAUGGAGUUAUGAGCUCCCGUGGAAUUCUGAGCCAAGGUUUAAGCAAGUCUGGACUCCUGAUACCACCUGGGUCUAAUCAGCAAAAUUCUGCAACUCUAGGAAUUCUAAGAUCCCAUUGGAAGGAAUGCUGUACCUCACAGAACUCUGAACUCUACAGAAAUAUGGGCUUGAUGCUAUUUCCUGAAGACCUGGGCAUCGGGGUGGGGUGAUAAGGAGGACAAACUGCACAGGGGAAGUUGUUUUAUUAAAGAGAUUGCAAAGUUCAGGCACCCUGAAGGUACUCUCCCGGUGCUCCCCUCCUGCUAAAGAACCAGUUACCC